AUGAUCCUCUUGGACGAGGUGCAGACAAGGCUGGAUGAAUUGGAAGGACGAAAUGCCCAGGGAGAAAUGGAGGAAGACGCCGCACCUCAGGAGCCAGAAUUUGAUGAAGAGACAGAAUCGGACCCUCUGCCAAACGAUGGAGAUGGAGAACCUGAGGUACAAGUGGCACCAAUGGAGAUCAGUGAACUCGUUCUAAGGACGAAGACGGUCCUCGCAAUUCAGGAAGCUUUGGCUACGGCGACACCGGAUGAGUUUCACUUAGGGGAUUUCCGGAGUAGCUCCGAAGGAAGUUGCAAAUGCCGCAGGUAG